UACACAUCGCCAAUUUGGGCAUUUUCCUUGCAUGCAAAUUGCAAAAGUGCGUGCAUUUUCCGCAUUUUCCCGCGCGCACAACCCUCCGGCAGCCGUGAAAUUGAUGCCCCCAGUUGCGGACGAGCAGUAGGCAUGGACGAGGAUUAUUCGGCGUCAUCUUCGGCCGGCGGUGGCGGCGGCGGUGGAGGCGGUGGAAAGAAGGCCGGCGUGGGCAAGCAGCACAACACGCUGCCCUUCUGGGGCAACGAGACCUCGAUGAACCUGAAUCCCCUGAUCCUGGCCAACAUCCAGAGCUCCAGCUACUUCAAAGUUCACUUGUUCAAGCUGAAAACCUACCACGAAGUGGUCGACGAGAUCUACUACCAGGUGAAGCACAUGGAGCCCUGGGAGCGCGGAUCCCGCAAGACGUCCGGCCAGACGGGCAUGUGCGGCGGAGUGCGCGGCGUCGGCGCCGGCGGCAUUGUGUCCACGGCCUACUGCCUGCUCUACAAGCUGUACACGCUGCGGCUGACCCGGAAGCAGAUCAACGGGCUGCUCAACCACACAGACUCGGCCUACAUCCGGGCACUAGGCUUCAUGUACUUGCGCUAUACGCAACCGCCGAGCGACCUAUACGACUGGUAUGAGGACUAUCUGCAGGACGAGGAGGAGAUCGACGUGAAGGCGGGCGGCGGCCAGGUCCUAACCAUCGGCCAGAUGGUCUACCAGUUUAUGACCAAGCUGGACUGGUUCUCCACGCUCUUUCCGCGCAUCCCCGUGCCGAUUCAGAAGCAGAUCGAGAAGAAGAUCGAGCAGUACUGCAGGGAGCAGGGUCUGACUGUCAACCAGCUGAGCUCGGGCCGAUCGGCGGGGGGUCAGGGUGCCGGUGGAGGUGGCACCGGGGCCGCUGGCCAGGAUGCCGACUACCAGGAGUACCAGGAUGGAGGUGCGGGCAUGGAUCGUGGAGGAGGUCGUGGCGGUGGACAUGCCGCGGCGGCCUCCAAUGCCCGGCCAAAUGCCUACCCGCCGCCGAUGAACUAUCGCAACGAUCACGACGAUCGUGACUACUAUGCCGCCGCCUCGGGCUCCUCCUACGCCCGGGGUCGCGGCGGCUACGAGGACUACCCACCGGCACCACUGCCGCCACAGAUGCCUUACGGUUCGGGCGGGGAGCGCGAGAGGGAGAGGGAUCGGGUGCGGGACAAGGAGAAGGACUACGACCGCCACCGCAGCAAGCACAAGAAGAAGCACAAGCACAGGCAGAGCUCGCGCAGUCGCAGCAGAAGCCGCAGCCGGAGUCGCCACCGCUCCGAGCGCCACGAUCGCAAGCGGGACGGAGGUGGCUACGAGCGGAGCAGCAAGAGCCGGCACAACGAACACUAUGAAGAGCGGGAGCGACGUCAUCGGUGAAGACCGAUUCCAACACCCACCAAACGAACCCACUUCUUAAGUUGUUCCACUACUAACUCACUUUGUUUCCGCCAUCAAGCUGUACCACCUUUUUACCUUUUUUUUUAUUUGUCAAUCCCCAACUCUACUCUUUGGAAGCCGCGGUCGACAGUUGCGCUUCUUACUCAGGUUAAACACUCCCCGAAUGCCCCCAAUUCCCCAUAACUAACACUAAAACUAGACACAAUCACACUCAGACACAGCAGCAAGGCUAUAUUUUGUAAUUUGUGACUACACUUAUGCUGAUAAAAUAGUUUCCAAGUUGUGUUUAUGCAAAUAAAGUCAAAAAUAAUUUGUUUAAAA